AUGCUAGAAAUAAUAAGUGCUAAGCAUUUUGAUGGAUACGAUGGUGAUUCCAAAGAACUACGUCACGAGUGGAAGGAAGAGAGAAAAGAGUUGAAGAGAGAGAGAAAACACUGGAAGAAGAUGUUAAAAAAAGAAGAAAAGGGAAAGAUGGAUACGCCUUUAUCGAAAUACUCUAUAUUCUCUGCAAAUGACUGUCCAUCUGGAUUCGUGCGGAUCGGUUGGAGAUGUAUUGGCGUUGAUUAUUGA